GGACUGCUCGUAAAACACAUGCGGUUGACCGAUGUGGUGUCCGUUGUCCAUAUAUCCUCGUAGUAUAACGUAUUGUCGUUUUCAAACUCAAAACAAAAAAGCAAACCACUCCCCACCCUACCUGGCCCUCUCUACUACCCUCCUUUUCCUCCCCUCCUUUUCAACGGCAAACGAAAAAGACUGACGGGGAACGGCGAUGCUGCUGCUGAACGCCCUAACCCUAGCAAGAACCAUGUUCUCCAUCAAUCACAUCGUUUUCGAAGCCGAUGACAUUAAAUUCGCCACUCUUUGGUGGUUCAUUUACGCUGGCAUCUCUUGCUUGCUUGUUCUCUUUGCUGGUAUCAUGUCCGGUCUUACUUUAGGCUUAAUGUCUCUUGGACUUGUUGAGCUUGAAAUUUUACAAAGAAGUGGCUCCUUUACUGAGAAAAAACAAGCUGCUACUAUUUUACCAGUGGUUCAAAAGCAACAUCAGCUUCUUGUAACUUUGCUUUUAUGUAAUGCUUGUGCAAUGGAGGCACUGCCUAUAUACCUUGAUAAAAUUUUCCAUCCCUUUGUUGCUGUUGUUUUGUCUGUUACUUUUGUUCUUGCUUUUGGGGAGAUCAUUCCGCAAGCUAUAUGUUCAAGAUAUGGACUCUAUGUUGGUGCCAAUUUGGUAUGGUUAGUGCGAAUUUUGAUGUUCAUCUGCUAUCCCAUUGCCUAUCCAAUUGGGAAGGUUUUGGAUGCUGCAUUGGGGCACGAUGAUGCUCUGUUUAGACGAGCUCAGCUUAAAGCACUUGUCUCUAUCCAUGGCCAGGAGGCUGGCAAGGGUGGUGAACUCACACAUGACGAAACAACAAUUAUCAGCGGAGCACUAGAUCUAACCGAAAAGACUGCCGAAGAGGCUAUGACACCUAUAGAAUCGACCUUUUCUUUAGAUGUCAAUUCAAAAUUGGACUGGGAAGCAAUCGGGAAAAUUCUCGCACGAGGCCACAGUCGUGUCCCUGUCUAUUCUGGAUGUCCAAAGAACAUCAUUGGGCUUCUUCUGGUGAAGAGUCUGCUGACAGUACGAGCAGAAACUGAGACUCCAGUCAGUGCAGUUUCUAUCCGCAGGAUUCCUAGGGUUCCAUCAAAUAUGCCAUUAUAUGAUAUCCUUAAUGAGUUUCAGAAGGGAAGCAGUCACAUGGCAGCUGUUGUGAAGGUUCAUGCAAAGAGCAAGAAUGCACAACCUACCAGUGAUGGAGAGAAAUUCAAUGAAAUCAAAUUUGCCAAUGGGGAUUCUCAGUUAAAUGCACCGUUGCUGACCAAGCAUGAUGGUAAAUCAGAGCAUCUGCUAAUUGAUGUUGAGAAAGCUGCAAGACCUAUGACAAUCAAGCAACAGAAAACACAUGACAUACCUCGUCUGUCAGAGGAUGUUGAGGAUGGGGAAGUCAUUGGUAUUAUCACACUUGAGGAUGUUUUUGAAGAACUAUUACAAGAGGAGAUUGUGGAUGAGACAGAUGUAUAUGUUGAUGUACAUAAAAGAAUACGAGUAGUUGCUGCAGCAGCUGCUUCUUAUGUGGCUCGAGCCCCAUCCAAUCGGAGGCUGCCUGGCCCAAAACCUGCAGGAGCUCAAGGCAAGCAGAGCCAGACCACAAAAAAAUCUGGAGGAGUCAAAAUAUGUCGUGAAGUUGGAUGUUAUCUGUAUAUAAAGUUGGCUUCAGUUCAGGCAGUGGUAGAUACAGAAAUUCGUCCGGAGCUGUAUCCUGCUCAGCUCUCCUCGUGUGUCGGUCCGCCCCAACUUAUUUAUACCAUUUCUCCGAGAAAUCAAAGCCAUACCGAUUCCCUACGAAGCAACGAUAAGAUUUUGUUGCUGUUAAAUAUGGGUUUCAAAACAGUUUAUCGAAGCUUAGGGGAACUGUUCCCGCAGGUUGAUUCGCGCAUUCUAAAGGCUGUUGCAAUUGAGCAUCCCAAAGAUGCUGAUGUGGCCGCUGAUGUUGUCAUUUCUGAGGUUCUUCCUUUUCUUGCAACAAUUGUUGAUAGCCCUCCUGUCAAUAGCGACCGCAAGCCUAGUGGUUUAUCAGCUGGAAGAGCUGAACAUGAGGAACAUAUCAAUACUUUGAGGAGUGACCAAGUUGAUUUGGGGAAAACUGUAGGUGAUUCUUUGGAAUCAAACUCGAUAGACAAAGCAUGUACCUGUAAAACUGAUCUAGGAAGUUCUGGACAUCCUUCUGGUUCAACUCAUCAAGAAAAGUCAGAGAAUUCAACUGCCCCAGUGUCUGUUGACCUAAAUGCUGAUACUAAUCAAUUGGAAGGAUGUAUUGAAAGUGAGGAACUAAUACUGUUGGUGAGACCUCAACAUCAAGACAAUGUUCAAUCUGUUACAAGUCAGACUUCUGAACUCGUAUCAAGUGCUUUGCCUUGUGAAGAAAUUACUGACAGCAUUCAAGUAUGUGGUACUAUGGAAACUAAGGUGCCAGCUUCAUUGGGUAAAUGUCAAGAUGAUAACAUUACGGUUGGAGGCAAGCAAUAUUUUCAAGUCAUAUCAACUAGUUUGACACAGGAGAAUGGUGAUUUUACUGGCGAUCAGGGAGAGUGGAAAGGUUCUGAUGGCCCUUUGCCAGAUGAUUUUGAUACAAGUGGGAAAAUCUCUCAAGUAGUGUCAUGUGUAGAUGGAGGGAAAAGCCCUCGAGUUGAGCCAUGUGUAGAUGGCACUGAUUUGGAAGUGGACAAUUCUUUGGUUGAAAGAACACCCAAUGCUGCUGAAGUUGAUUUUCAAUCAGAAUUAUCUGGCACUCCCACUAAUAGUUGUAAGAAUUUGAAGUUCAAUCAAGACAUUAAGAUUGAUUUUCUCGAAGAUAUUGUUGAAGCUGCUAGACACAACAAGAGAACUUUGUUUUUAUCAAUGGAGUCAAUAAUGAAUAUGAUGAGAAAAGUUGAACUUCAAGAGAAAGCUGCAGAAGAUGCCAAAGAGGAAGCCUCUAGUGCAGGUUUAGACAUUCUAACGAAGGCGAACGAACUUAAACAGAUGCUGGAACAUGCAAAGGAUGCAAAUGACAUGCAUGCAGGGGAAGUUUAUGGUGAGAGGGCAAUUCUAGCCACUGAAGUGAGGGAGUUGCAGGCUCGGCUUCUCAGCUUGUCUGAUGAAAGAGACAAAGCUCUUGCAAUUAUUGAUGAGAUGCAUCAAUCCCUUGAAGAACGACUAGCUGCAGCAGAGGAGCUGAAGAAAGCAGCUGAGAAGCAGAAGCUGGAACAGGAAGAAGCUGCACGGAAUGCUCUUGCUGAACAAGAAGCCAUCAUGGGUCAGGUGGUGCAGGAGUCCAAGAUCAUACAGCAGGAGGCAGAUGAGAAUUCUAAGCUACGGGAGUUUCUUAUGGACCGUGGUCGUGUUGUUGACACAUUACAAGGAGAAAUUUCUGUGAUCUGUCAGGAUGUAAGAUUGCUGAAAGAGAGAUUUGAUGAGCGCAUUCCAUUGAGCAAGUCUAUUUCCUCGAGCCAAACCAGUUGCAUCUUAGCCUCUUCAGGCUCAUCCAUUAGAAGCAUCGCAACUGAUCUGGUUCCUGAACCAAGGGAGACAUCUAAGAGCCUUAAAGAUAGAAGCCUAACACCCUCUUCUAUCGAUGGCCGCUCACCGACGAGCCCGACAACCUCCUCUUUUAUUGAUGGCCGGUCACCGAAGAGCGGACUAAAGGAAGAGAGGACGAAUGGUGAAGUGGCGUCGGAUGAUGAUUGGGAGAUCUUUGAAUGACUCAGAAAUCUAAAGCUAAGCUACGUAAAUGGGUAGAAGUAACUCUUUAAUAGGAUUCCAUACAGGUGACACUGGAAUAUUAAUUUUAAUUUUAAUUUUAGCUUAGGUUAAAGCUUUUUCGCUGUCGAUUGAGUUUUGCAGCUCAGACGUGGAUAGUAGCUACUCUAUUUUUGGAUUUUUUAUAUUGUAAAUGGCUUAUUAAAUAAAAGUAUGGAAUCAAUAUAUUUAGUUACUUGAAUCAAA